AUGGCCUCGCCCGCGCUCGACUUCAAGGACCUCGUGGUGCUCAUUACCGGUGCCGGCGGUGGCAUCGGCAAGGCCUACGCCCACUUCUACGGUGCUCGCGGUGCCAAGGUUGUCAUCAACGAUGUCUCGCUGGAGGCUGCCCAGUCUGCCGUUGACGAGAUUGUGAAGGCUGGUGGCCAGGCUGUCCCCGCCGUCGGCUCCGUCACCGAGGGCCAGGCCGUUGUUGACCAGGCUGUCAAGGCCUACGGCACUGUCCACGUCCUCAUCAACAACGCCGGUAUCCUCCGUGACACCUCCUUCAAGAAGAUGACCGACGCCCAGUUCGACGCCAUUGUCGCCGUCCACCUCAAGGGUGCCUACUCCAUGACCAAGGCCGUCUGGCCCCUCAUGCGCCAGCAGAAGUUUGGCCGCGUUAUCAACACUGCCUCGCCCGCUGGUGUCUACGGCAACCUUGGCCAGGCCAACUACUCGGCCGCCAAGAUGGGUCUCACCGCCUUCUCCAAGUCGCUCUCGAUGGAGGGUGCCAAGUACAACAUCACCUCGAACGCCAUCGUCCCCGUUGCCGCUUCCGCCAUGACUGCCACUGUCAUGCCCGAGGACGUCCUUCGCUCGCUCUCGCCCGACCACAUCGCCCCCCUCGUCGGUGUGCUCACCGCCAAGAACGGCCCCAAGGUCGCCGGCCGCAUCUUCGAGCUCGGUGCUGGCUUCUACUCGGAGCUCCGUUGGGAGCGUGCCGAGGGUGUCAUCUACAAGACUGACUCGUCGUUCACCGCUUCGGCUGUCGCCGCCCGCUGGGGCCAGGUCAUGGACUUCACCCGCAACACCCACCCCGUUCCCGGCAACCCCGAGGAGAUGUCUCGUGUCAUUGAGGCUCAGCCCUCGCUCCCCCCCAACGCCCAGGGCCCCAAGAUUGACUACAAGGGCAAGACCGUCAUCAUCACCGGUGCCGGUGCUGGUCUCGGCCGCACCUACGCUCUCUACUACGCCACGCUCGGUGCCAACGUCGUUGUCAAUGAUGUUUCGAAGGCCAACGCGGACGCCGUCGUUGCCGAGGUCAACGCUGCCGGCGGCAAGGGUGUCGCUGCUGUCUGCUCGGCCGAGGAGGGCGAUGCCAUUGUCAAGGCUGGUCUUGACGCCUUUGGCUCGGUCCACGCUCUUGUUUGCAACGCUGGUAUCCUCCGCGACAAGGCCUUUGUCAACAUGACCGAGGCCAUGUGGGACGAUGUCAUCAAGGUCCACCUCCGUGGUACCUACAGGUGCUGCAAGGCCGUCUGGCCCAUCUUCCAGGCUCAGAAGUUUGGCCGUAUCCUCGUUACCGCUUCGCCCAACGCCGUUUACGGCGCCCACGGCCAGGCCAACUACGGUACCGCCAAGGCUGCCAUCAUUGGCUUCUGCAAGACCCUUGCCAUUGAGGGUUCGCGCGCCAACGUUCUUGUUAACUGCAUUGCCCCCCGUGCUGGCACUGCCAUGACCGCCACUGUCUGGCCCAAGGAGAUGCUCGAGACCUUCAAGCCCGAGUUUGUCGCUCCCGUCGUCGCCUUCCUUACCUCGCCCGAGUGCACCGAGACUGGUACCUUCUACGAGACUUUCGGUGGUUUCGCCGCCCAGAUGCGCUGGGAGCGUACCCAGGGCGUUGCCUUCCCCAACGACAAGCCCGUCUCGCCCGAGGAGCUCGCUGCCAACUGGGACAAGGUCACCUCGUUCAAGCAGUCGACCCACCCCGCUUCGGCCGGCGAGUCGUUCAUCCAGAUCUCGGAGAACUUUGGCACCACCUCGAAGCCCAACCGCGAGUCGGAGAUCAACGAGAAGGACACUGAGGAGAUCAAGCACGCCAAGCGCAACCCUCCCCAGGGCCAGGACUUCACCUACACCCAGCGUGACGUCAUGCUCUACAACCUCGGCAUUGGUGCCCACGCCACUGAGCUCAACAACACCUACGAGAACGCCGAGAGCUUCGGUGCCCUCCCCACUUUCGGUGUUGUCCCGCAGUUCAUCUCGUCGUCGACCAUCGACCUCGGCAAGAUUGUCCCCAACUUCAACCCUGCCAAGCUCCUCCACGGCGAGCAGUACCUCAAGAUCCACGGCCCCAUCCCCACCGAGGGCACCCUCACCAACGAGCCCCGUAUCUUCGAGGCUCUUGACAAGGGCAAGGCUGCGUCCGUCACCACCAUUGUCGAGACCCGCGACAAGGCCACUGGCAAGCUCAUCUUUGAGAACCACUCGACCGUCUUCAUCCGUGGCUCGGGUGGCUUUGGUGGCCAGCAGAAGGGCGACGACCGCGGUGCCGCCACUGCCGCCAACGCUGCCCCCAAGCGCGCCCCCGACGCCGUCGUCGAGGAGAAGACCUCGGAGGACCAGGCGGCCAUCUACCGCCUCUCGGGCGACUACAACCCCCUCCACAUCGACCCCCAGUUCGCCGCCAUCGGCGGCUUCAAGAAGCCCAUCCUCCACGGCCUCUGCUCGAUGGGCUUCGCCGGUCGCCACAUCAUCAACACCUACGGCCCCUUCUCGGACAUCAAGGUCCGCUUCGUCGGCACCGUCGUGCCCGGAGAGACCCUCGUCACUGAGAUGUGGAAGGAGGGCGACAAGGUCCUCUUCCAGGUCAAGGUCAAGGAGCGUGACGCGCCCGCCCUGGCCAACGCUGCCGUCACCCUCGUCAACGGCGGCCAGCUCAAGAGCAAGCUCUAA